CAGAGCAGGAACGGGAGAGUUCCUCAGUCAAUUUGCGUAUAACCUACAGACUUCAUUAGGCCUACUAUAACCUCAAUAUUGAGUCUAGGGACUCUCAAAAGCAUUCACGGAGACAUUUUGUACAAGUUCUGGAUUGAAGGAGUUACGAAGGACACAGAAAGGCAUUUUGUAAGUAACUUCUAAAUAACACUUUGAAUACCCAUAGCGCAUUUUAUCCUACUUUUUCACUGACAGAAAAUAAAAUUCAUUUCGUUUUCAUAGGCAGUUAUAGUUUUCCUAACUUGUAUGUUAUAUGUUUGUUAUUUGUUAGUUUUUCUUGAGUUUAGAAAACGAAUGCUUUGACAUUACCCAACCAUACCAUGGCACUGAGAUUUGUUGUGCCCUGAAGUUGUCAUACAUUUGUAAAAGCGCCCCCGGGUCUCACAGUUGGGGGUGUGGAUUAGCAGUGGGUUAUAUCCCCGCAGACUGGUCUACAUCCAAUCAGCUCUAGAUUGCCCUGUAUGUAAGCAAUUGAUACAGCAAUGAAUAGACGCACCUAAAUUGCACACAAUAACGUUAUUUUUUAAAUCUUAACAUAAUACAUUAUAGCUGACAGGUAGAGGUGGAGCGUGUUUAGGAACGGUGGGUCUGUUUAUGUGAAUAAAUCACACAUCAAAUAAUUCAUGGAAAAGUCCUGUAGUUUUAGUGUGUAUUUCCGUUAACAAAAGUAGUUUAUAGUAGUACAACAUUCAUCUACUGUAUCUUCAGAAGACUUAUGCACUAUCACUAAAAUUCCACUAAAGACUGACCCAUUUUGGUCGUUCACAUAUUCAGCAGGCUAUAUGCUGGAUGUAUACCAUCUAUAGGCUACCUUUCAAUGCAUUUAUUUACUACAGAUGGUUGUAGAAUUUUCACUGUGAAAAAGAGUGAGGGGGAGAGAGCGAGAUAAAGCCCUUAAAUUUGAAUUGAAUUGAAAUUGAGAGGGAGAGAGAGAGAGGGAGAGAGAGAGAGAGAGAGAGAGGAGAGGAGAGAGAGAGAGAGAGAGAGAGAGGAGAGAGGAGAGAGAGAGAGAGAGAGAGAGAGAGAGAGAGAGAGAGAGAGAGAGAGAGAGAAAGGGAGGUAGUUCCUUGGAGGAGGAGGGAAACAAUAUAAAGUUGCAGGGUUUCUGCUGAGACCAGAGAUAGAAGGAAGAUGGAGAGGGAGAGUGGGUGGGAGAGGGGGAGGGGAAGGGAGAGGGAGAGGGAGAGGGGAGAGUGGAAGGGAGAGGGGAAGGGAGAGGUGAAGGGAGAGGGAGGCUGGAGAGGGAAGGGGGAGGGAGGCUGGAGAGGGGGAGGGGGAUGGAGAGAGAGAAGGGGUGUAGUAUGUUGAGAGGAAAAAGCAGAAAAGACAGAAAGACAGUGAGAAAGACAGAAAGACACAGCGAGAGAAUGAGUGAGAGACCAGGAGCGAGAAAGAGAGGAGGUGUGUAUGUGUGUGUGUCUGUGGUAGGAUGUAGUAUUGAGGUGUGGUGGUGACAGCCGCUGUGUCCACACGGGCAGCUCUUUGUGCCCCAGACGGUGCUAGCUGCCCUGGGGUCGGGGGGGCUAGAGGGAGGACCAGGGAACCAGGUGAAGCGCCACUCUGUUUGACCAGUGAAAACAAAACAGAUUUACAAGGACUGGCACAUGGAGGUGCAACAUUUAAUGUUAUCCAUUCCCAAAUGGUGGGAUUGAUAGCAGUAAAAACAUCCAGCUCUCUGCAGCUUUUGUUUUGAUGUACCCUCCCUCUCCCAAAUGGGGCAGGCUGUCAGUUUUCAUCUGUCAGUGAUUUAAGGUCAUCUUAAAGACAGCUGUCUGUCUACUCAUGUUACCCACAAAGCUUUUAAGGCUAUAUAGUAAUUUUGUUAGGUGAACAAACAUCUGGCUAAUGUUAUAAGCAAAUAAACAAACAAUUAAGUUGUUUGAUGGCUAAGUCCAGUUAAUCCGUUUCAAUUGCAUUUAUAUUAGUGCUAUUUGUUUUACAGACAUAAAGUAUAAACUCUGAACAUGUCUUAUAAAGUGCUCUAUUCCAUGAAGACCUGCAGUAAAAGCCAAGUAGUGAGAGGUUUUAUCAGUGUGUGAUGGACCGUUCACCUUCCAUAAACAUGCGCACACACACACACACACACACACACACACACACACACACACACACACACACACACACACACACACACACACACACACACACACACACACACACACACACACACACACACACACACACACACACACACACACACACACACACACACACACACACACACACAUUCCGUCCUGUCCAUAUCUCAAUCGCAGGCUGUGUUCCAGUGUCUGUGACGCUAUCACCUUGAGGUAUUCCUGGUUCACAUUGAAAGCAUCAGUACUCUCUUCACUCUCUUCGUGCUCAAGGCUAAGUGAAUGUCGUUGGGAGGUCCAUAUUUCACGGUCAUAAAAAUGGAUGUACACAAAUACAAUGGAAUCAUAAAUGGCCAUGCUCCACAUUUACCUACAGUAUUUAGUGACAUUUAUUUGAUUUAGCUUAAAAUGGACCAUGCUAAAUUUUGAGUGAAUUUUAAAAUCUCCACAUUUACAUUUGAAAACUGUAUAAUCUGAAAAACCCUUUAUUUUGAUUUAGUAAUAUGCCAUUUACUGGCUUACUUCAGUUCAUAAUUCAGUGGUAAUACAGGCAUAGUUGAAAUAGUCGCUCAGCUCCCAGCAUGCAGUAGUCAGAUGAGUCUAGGAGGAACUCUGCUUGUUAUUGAUGGACUAGGAGGAACCCGGGAGUCCUGAGGAAUGUCUCUGUCUAAUGAACUAGACGGAAAACAUUGAGAACAUUCCUGGACACAGCAUGCGGUCGGUCUAACCCCCUGACAUCCCACCAUGCCGCCUCUGGGCAUGCCCAUAGGGGGCACAGGGGACAUGACCCUCAGAUUUGUCCUGUAAUAAAAAAUACAAAAAAGAAUCUGUAAUACUGUUAGCCACCUUGCAAUUUUAUGAAGUUGGCUUUAGCUAGUCCAGAUAGGUUCCCAAUCUCCCAACCUGAUAACCAGCUACCAAGAAGCCAUUUCAGGCUAUCAAUCAAGUUAGAGUAGCUAGCUUGUCUAACUAUCUUAGCUGGAAUGCCUGCUGGCAGGUUGGUAGACUUUAGAAAAGCAAGCAAUAACUAAAUGUACUGAAUAAGACACAUUCCUUUCAAUCUUUUACCCAGAUUUUAGCAGAAAUGCAGAGAAGCAUAUUUAGUUUCUUUAAAAAAAGAACCACCAUUCAGGAGGAUACAGACAGAUCAAGAGGUAUGAUUAGAUAUGCAGAAAAAUAAACAUAUUUCUUUUUACAUAGAAUGAAGCAUAAUGAUGAUGGCUGUAGAUUGCAGGAAAAAGCUGUUUCAGGUGUUUGAAAAAUGCAAAAUUCUCCAACUUCAGGACCACCUAGCCGCCCUCCGGACCACCCCCCAGCCGUCCUCACAUACUUUGUACCCCCUCAGAUUUUUGGGGUCAUUGACGCCUCUUGAGAUGUUUUAGAUAACGCCUGUUGUCCCUCUAAACAAAUUAUUGUUUGACAUAUUUGGUCCAUAUGUUUGUGUGAUCACCCAGCAAAUGUAUUGUUUUGCAAAUUGACAUAUUUCGGCUCAUACAACCCCUCAAUUGAUCCAUUUGUUUUGUGCGAACUCUAACCAGCGAACUUCUUGUUUUACAGAUUGCGGAUUCCAGCUUUUUCACAACACGGCCUUCCUCCUACUGCGGCGAGCGCCACCAUGAGUCUGAGCGUGAACGAGCUGACGGAGCUGAUGGAGAUGUGGGAGGAGCUUAACUUCACGGGGGAACAAUACGGAGACAACAUGUCAUCCCACCACGUGGAGGCUCUGCUGUGCCCGGCCGGGUUCAGCCAUGGGGCGGUGCUCUACACCCUCUCUGUCCUCUACAUCUUCAUCUUCCUGGUGGGCCUGGCCGCCAACUCCCUGGUGGUGUGGGUCAACCUCCGCUCAGAGAGGGACCGCUAUGAGACCCACCUGUACAUCCUCAACCUGGCUGUGGCUGACCUCUGUGUGGUGGCUACCCUCCCUGUCUGGGUCAGCUCGCUGCUACAGCGCGGCCACUGGCCCUUCGGCGAGGCCGUCUGUAAGAUCACCCACCUGGUGUUCAGCGUCAACCUCUUCGGGAGUAUCUUCUUCCUCACCUGUAUGAGCGUGGACCGCUACCUGUCCGUGGUGCUGUUCGGAGACGGAGGGAACAGCCGCAGGAAGAAGGUGGUGCGGAGGGUGAUCUGUAUCCUGGUGUGGCUGCUGGCGCUGGCCGCCUCUGUCCCAGACACUUACUUUCUCCAGGCGGUCAAGUCCACACACUCUGACGCCACCCUGUGCCGGCCCGUCUACCCCACCGACAACCCCCGGGAGUGGAUGGUGGGCAUCCAGCUUAGCUUCAUCAUCCUGGGCUUCGCCAUCCCGUUCCCGGUCAUCGCCGUCUUCUACCUGUUAUUAGCAGGCGCCAUCACCAACGCCAACCCGCCCGGCUCCAGCGCCAACUCAAAUCAGGAGCGCUGCAUCAGGUGAGUGUCUCCCUUACACACACGCACCCUGUGCACACACACACACACACACACACACACACUUACGCUUUAUAAAUCCAAUCAAUGAUCAAUGAUUAAUCAAUGAUUAUUAUUAUUAUCAGCCGGAAGAUCAUCCUAACCUACAUUGUGGUGUUCCUGGUCUGCUGGCUGCCCUACCACGGAGUCCUAUUGGUCGACACUCUAUCUCUCCUCAACGUCCUGCCCUUCAGCUGCAGGCUGGAGAACUUCCUGUAUGUGUCCCUCCACCUGACCCAGUGCUUCAGCCUCAUCCACUGCUGCAUCAACCCCAUCAUCUAUAACUUCAUCAACAGGAACUACCGUUACGACCUCAUGAAGGCCUUCAUCUUCAAGUAUUCCACCAAGACGGGCCUGGCCAAGCUCAUUGACGCAUCACAUGUGUCCGAGACGGAGUACUCGGCCGUGGCGGCGGUGGAGAAUAAUGUGUGAUUGGCCGCUGUGACAAGAUCAGAUAGGAUACACUUUAUUGUCCCUGAGGGGAAAAUGUUCUUGGACACACAGAGGUGAUGUCACACAACCCACAGAGAACUGACUCUCUACCAAACGGACUCUAUUAAAGGCGUGCUGAACAGGCUGAACAGUUAACUGACUGCAUGCAGUCCCUGGGAAGGACAUCUCAAGCACAUCAGACGCACUGUUAAAAACCAAGACCAAAUACACAAGUUCUGUUUCAUUUACACAUUUCGUUUUGUAGUAUUUCCCCCUUUUUGAGUGAGUUUGGUUAACUUCCCCCUUGCUUAGUAACAGGGGUGGGGGGUCUUCUUGAGAAAGCACUUCUUCUGAACUGGAGACUUGCUGUCACCCAAACAGAUGGGUCAAUGACACCGUAAACGCACGGACGCGCACACACAC